AUGGAGAUUGAAGUGAGGGAAGUGUGGGCUUGGAAUCUUAAGGAAGAGAUGGAGAUGAUUGCUUCCAUCAAGGAUUCCUUUCCCUUCGUGGCCUUCGACACGGAGUUUCCCGGCUUCAUCGCGUCGUCGUCUCGGGGGGCGACUCCCGACGAGUUAUACGGCGACGUCAAACUGAACGUCGACAGUCUGAAGCUGAUUCAAGUGGGUCUCGCCUUCUUCGACGGCUUCGGCAUGCUGCCCUGCUCCAAGCCCUUCUGCGGCGUGGUGUGGCAGUUCAACCUCUCCGACUUCGACCCCUCCGGCGACUGCCACUCACCUUCGGCGGUCGAGUUUCUCAAGGAGAACGGCAUCGAUUUCACGGCAAGUCGGCGGCAGGGGAUCGCUUCGAUGAGGCUCUGCGAGGAGUUCUGGGCAGCAGGGUUGCUCGGCAAUCCCCGUCUUGCUUGGCUCUGCUUCCACGGGACCUACGAUUUCGCCUACAUGCUGAAGUUGAUAGAAGGGGGGGAGCCGCUGCCGUCCACCCGACGAGAGUUCAUGGAGAAGGUGAAUCGCCUCUUCUGCAACAUAUACGACCUGAAAUACAUGGCGAAGUUCUACGAUGAACUCCGGCACGGCAAGCUGGGGCUUCGGAGAAUGGCUGAAAUUCUUGGAGUGGAGGAAUAUUUGGAGAAUUCUCGGGAGGAGGAGGAGGUGAAGGAGGGAGAGGGGAAGCACAGGUACCAUCAAGCAGGAUGGGACAGCUUAGUCACCGGCAUGUCCUUUUUUCAGAUGGACAUGAUACAGGAGAUUCAGGCCAUGAAGCAGAGCUCCGGCGACAUGCCGGUGGUGGUGGAUUUAUCUGGUUUGAACGCGGUGCUGAAUGGUUCUAACGGGGUGAUAUUUGACAUGGGGACGGAGCUGAUCGAUGCAGCAGAUGCAGCUACUGAUCAUUUGAUGGCUGCGUAUAUAUGGAUAGAUGUAAAAGAGCUUUGUUGCUGCCAUUAA